AAGAGUGCUACGUGUUUUCUCCAUGAAGGAUGCAUCUUUUGAUGCCUAUACAUGCCCAUAGGAAUAUCCGUCAAAGGGAAGAAAGCUACUAAUGGAACCUUGAAUCUGUUUUCUUUCCUUUCACUGCUCCCUCAUGGCCAUUUGAUUUUCCUUCCUUUUUCUCUUCUCAUCUUUCUCUCCUCUAUUGAGAACUUAUCAGCAAGAGUCCCUCUAGAAUUGCCUUAACCUACAUUAGGUGUCCUCCACCACAACUUCAUGGCUGCUAACCCUUGCAACCACCACCAUCCUAUCAUCAGCCUUGAAUAACCGUCUACUCCUUGAGAUCGUGUGACCAUCAGUGCUUAUCUAAACUUUGGUAAAAACCAUGGGCAAUCAACUAUUGCCUUAAAGCAGAUCAACUUGGAGAUUCACAGAUUGCUAAAUUUUGAAGCCAAUCUCCACAUCUAAGUUUUUGGAGGUCCAAGGAUUAGGGUUUCCAUCGCUUCAAGGGUUACUUUCUUCUUCAAUUUUCGUAUCUACUCUUGGUUAAUCCAACAAAAUCUGAUGAGACAUGAACAGUCGCUACUCUUGAUAAAACCCUAUAGCUUGUGACAGUCUAGUUCGCUGGAGCCAUCGGAAACAGGGGAACAACAUGACGGCAUCCAAGUCCAAAGUGGGGAUCAAGAACAACAAGCAACUGAGCAAGAGAUUUGACGAUGAUGCAUUAAAUAAAACAAUUCUAGCCAUUUCCAUGGCAGUGAGAAGGAUGAACAAGUUGUCAAACAAGAAGCAGGACAGGCCUGAUGGCCGUGCAAAAUGGAAGAAAAACGUGAAAAUCUCCAUGUCCAAAGCGUGGAGCAACAAGCAGCAGCAGCAGCAGAAGAAGAAGAGAAUUAGUGAUGAACUGAACAAAAGAAUUUCAUCCAUCGCCAUGGCAGUGAAGCGGUGCAAGAAGAAGACGUCAAAGAGAAAGCAGAAGAGAUCUCGCAGCUGGGCAUCAUCUUCUUCGCAGCGUUGGUCGAAUUUCACAGAGAUGGUGCUCCAGUCCCUCCCUCCUGUCUUCAUUCUCCAUUCCCCGUCCUCCCCCGAUUCCUUCAUCCUCCACACCAUCCCUGAGCCUGGAGUCCAUCUCUCAAAGCUCCUACCAAACACUGCCGGCAAGUUCUGGGCUGGCUUCUCUCAUGGCCACCUUAUCAUGUUGGACAACCCGACCCACCAAAAACCAUCUAUCGUCAACCCUGUCGACGCUACCGCCGUCGAACUCCCGGAGUCUCCUGUUGCCUUCUCUCGAGCCAUACUCACAGACAUCCCGACUGCUCCGGAUUGCUGGCUGCUGGCUGGGGUGGAAAUGCCAGAGGCCAUCUCGUGUACUGCAAUCUGCAUGGCGGAGACCGCUCCGUGAUUCCAUGCGGCAUCUCCAACAUCAUCCCUCUCGGCGAUGAUGACUAUGUCGUGGUUCGGCCGCCGUCGAGAAUGACGCUUGCACGCUGGUUUCGCUUCCCCCAGCCGGUGUUGGAGGAGCUCCUGGUGUUGGCUCCACUUCCACUAUUCGAUGCCUUGAUGGUCCAGAUCGACGGAAAGCUAUGGGCACUAAGCUUCCCUCGCUGGGUCAAGGAUGCAGGCGAAUGGGUAUGGUUUGAAGCCUACUGGCACGACCCGUUGAGAAUGGAGUGGGUGAGGGCGGACGAUAGAAAGCUGUUGGGAGGGCGAGUGCUGCUAGUGAGCAACAGUGGCUUGUCUAGAGCAGUGGAAACACCGGGUGCAUGGGGAGGCCAAGGAGACUGUAUCUAUUACAGAGAGAUGAGAUGCGGAAGAAUCGUCAGGCUGUGGUUGGAGGAUUUAAAGCUGGAGUUCCUCUUUGAGUCUGUUGUUCCUGCUACAACUUUGAUUCCAUACAAAGGUAGCCGAGAGAUUGGUUGGAUUUGCUCGGACUCAUACUGCCUGUUUUAAGCAACAUUAUCUUAGACUGGGUGAUGGUUAAACAUCAAAUGCUCUGUCUGAAUUUUCUUUACCGUUCCAAUAGGACUUUGUUUUCAAGCUUGUUGUGAACUAUACUGUUGGUUUUCAAUCUAUUCCGUAAUGUUGGUGAUGUAGGCUAUAACUAUUUUAAGAACCAAAGCAGGGUUUAUUGUGCUGAAAAUAGUACGCCUACUGCUUCUCCUUUGAAGGUUUGAUUAUGUUACUAGGAGUACCUUACUGAUGACAUCUUUGCUUGACUUGAGUUUGCUCA